AUGAAGCCGCUCUCGAUCCUGGCAGUAGCCGCGACGGCUUCGGCGGCGUCUUCGGGUUACUUGAAACUGGAGUUCGAGACUGAGCAGACAGGACACAGACUUCGACCUAGACAGCUUCCCGAGGAGGACCUCGACCAGAAUAUCACCCUCGGCCCUCAAAGAUCACUGUACUGGCUGAACCUCGAGAUUGGCACACCUCCGCAACCGUUCCGGCUCCAGAUCGAUACAGGUUCCAGCAACUUAUGGGUACCCGACUCGGGAGUCCGCCAGUGUCGCAACGAAUGCCCUGGUGGCUACUUUACCGUCGAUGAAUCAAGCACGUACGAGGUACUCAACCCAUCGAACCCCAAUGUAUUCGAGAUCAGCUACUUGGAUGGAACUGGAGCGUCGGGCAACUUCUUCUCCGAUGCCGUCACUAUUGGAGAAUCCACUAUAGAUCCGGGUGUGAUGGCUAUCGGCCUAGCGACGCGUCUACAGGACGGAAUACAGCUCGAGAACGAUGGUCAAGGUCUGGUUGGAAUCGGCUACUGGAUCAACCAAGCUGGACUCGAAUACCUCGCCACCGAGAUCAACUCGCCACCAACGUUGAUCCAGGCUCUGAAGCAGAAAGGCGAUAUCAAUCGCGAAGCAUACAGCAUCUACCUCAACGACGUGUCGAACGGAACAGGAGAGGUGAUUUUGGGUGGUGUUGACGCGAAUCAAUACUCCGGCGAGCUCGUAGCUCUUCAGACGCUGCAAGACCCCAGCGUCGCCGGCUUGAUCGAAGGCCUCGCCAACUACACGCACUUCGAAGUCGCAGUCACCGGCAUUUUCAUCGAUGACGAGAACGGGCAACGGCUGCUGACUGAACCUGGUUUCGCAGAGCCUGGACUCUUGGACAGCGGCACCACGAUCACGUACGUGUCACCCUCGCUGUACCGGACCAUUGCUCAAGGCUUCGGCGUCACAAACCCCGGCAUCAUUCCAUGUGAAUACAGAAACUCGAACGCGGCGCUCGUGUUCCAGUUCGGUGGCGAAGGCGGACCAGAAAUUCGCGUUCCGCUUUCGGCUCUCAUCGACUUGGACGAUACUUCGCCCGACAAUUACGACGAUGGUACGCCGUCGUGCUAUUUCCUCCUAGAUCAGUUCGAAGAACCAUACGUGAUGCUUGGUAACUCAUUCAUGCGCUCUGGCUACUUUGUCUACGAUUUAGAGAACCAUGUCGUUGCGAUUGCUCAAGCAAGUCCGAAUGCCACCAAGGACGAUGUAACGGCGUUGCCAGCCAGCGGAACGGAAAUACCUGGAUGCACGAGCACGAACACCUAUACGAUCAACUCGCGCGCCGCCACGCCGACGGUCGAGGACGUGAUCACGCAGCCUGUGCCUGAUAGCGCAGGGGCCUCCCCAACGCCUACAUUUGCGCUAGGUGAUACAAGUCAGCCUCAGACGACACAGAGCGGAAGUGGAGAUAGCGGAGGCAGUGGAGGCAGCGAAGACACCGGAGGUGGCAGUAGCAGCGCCGCAAGCGCCGGGGUAGAUGCAGCGGUCUGGAAGAUGAUGGUUCCCGUGGUGGGCGUCGUGGCCAGCUUGAUGGCUUUGUAG